AUGACCUCUCCAAUGGAGUCGUAUGCCAAUGUUUAUCGAUGGGUACAUUCCCCAAAUGUUCUACUAUCUUGCUCUCCGUCAUCAUCAUCGUCGUCGUUGUCGUCGUUGUCCGCAGACAAAUCUGGUUCCUCGAUAUGUGACAACGAAUCAGAACUAAUACCUCAUGGUUACAGAAUAUCCAGGUCGCCGCCGCUCAUCGUGCCUUCCGAAACCAACCCUAGACCAAGAAACCUCGUCGAAAUUUCCGCCUCAUCGAGCUUCACUUAUCAAACAAACUCGAGCCAAGAUGUUCUGCCUACUCUGAAUAACUCGGCUGCUUCUUCUAACCCGUCUACGGCUUCGCGCAAUGGUUUUAGCUCACCUGAUGCAAUAUCGAAACCAUCUUCCUCAGCAUACUCACUAGCUGCCCACUAUGGCAUUCCACAAGCACUGCCUCGGCCGCCACGUACAUCACCUCGCACACUAGUGUCGCAGGAGAAACCUUUGCCAGACUUUGAGUCCCUCAGUCGAAAUUACCUAUCUAUGUUAGCAAAUAAACCAACUGAUAAUACAUUGAGCCACGCUGCACUUAUCAAUAACACUAUGUCUCCGGUACAUGUUCCAGCAGAGAUGCCUGCGGUCUCUCAAAUCGAGGACGAGGAGGCGGCUUUGAAAGCCGUCGUCGAUACCCUCAUAGGUACACCAAUUCCAAUCUCGUCGUGUACUUCGGCUGAUUCACUCGACGACUGGUUCGCAGCUUCUCCACAGUUUCAAAAGACUGGAAGCUUCAACGAGUACCUCUCGUCUCCUUUCAGCACACCAUACGACGACUUCAACACCUCUCCGAUGGAUGACUCUCCCUUUGCACCGGAUCUUAGCACCCCCAUAAUGGAUGCUAUUGAUGAGGAGUUCGGCUGGUCUGGAAUGGUCGGUGGAAUGGACGAACCAAUUUUUACCGAUGCGGUGUCUGAUCUAUAUGACAUGCUUGUCGUGGCCGAACCUGCGAAGCAGGUAGCACCUGUCGAUUCAGUGGCAGAGUUGCUCAACAGCAAACACUUGUAUACCAUUCCUCCUUCCACGCCAGCCCUCGAGUCUGUUGACAGCCUUUACCCAUCACCACGCUUACCUUCUGUCAGCGCUCCUGCAAAACCCGCUCCUCCUCCUAUCCCUUCUUCAAGUCGCAAGGUGUCAUAUGCGACCGGCACUCGUCGCAACAUUACGCCAGAUGCUCUCCUUCCUCUUGAUGCUCCCACUCAGGCUCGUCGAUACGUGGCUCCGUCUUCCACGUCCCCCAAAGAAGUUUCCACCAAGAAGCGGUCUCGCUCGGAGGCAUUUGCUGAUGAUGACGACGAAGGACAUGAAGACGAGUCCAAAGCUCCAGGUCCAGACGCCACUGAGAAGGAGAAGCUCGAGUACAAACGUCGUAUGAGCACGAUUGCGGCGAGGAAGAGCAGGAGGAGAAAGCUUGAGCACAAGUUAAUGCUUGAAGCGAAAGUGGAGGCGCUGGAGAAGGACACGGAGAAGUGGAAGACGAGAUGCAAGGUCCUUCAGGAGGUUCUGAGGAGUCAUGCCGUUGACUUCCGGUUCGAGGACGAUGAGUAACCGGGAUGAUCUGAUGACGCCUUUCCUUCUCGUUCUUUUGUCUGCACCUCUGGCUGUCGUCUUUGCUUUCGUUCUUAUAUCUAUCAUCGUCAUAUCCCUUGUCCAUUGUACACACAUUCGUCUUUGAAAAGUCACCCUUCGAUGCCCUUGUAUUAUAGAUCAUUCCUUCAUCAUCAUUCCCAUCCUCAAUUGUUAUGAGCAUCGUCGUACCCCCUUCCCUUACACACAGCAAAUUCUAUGUCUUUUCGUUUACUUAUGAUCCAAUCCAAUUCCGAAUACCUACAUACAUAGCUAGUAGUGUCGAAUAUGAGAAUCUUGUUUACCUAUAUCUAGUGUUGUAAAAAAUUACAAGUACUUGUGCGGUUCACUUGAGGGCUCGCGAUACAAAAACAUGUCC